AAAUGGAGGAUAUGCAACAUCACCUUUGAUAGGAAAGUUUUGUGGAUCAAAAAUACUACCAAUAAUAUCAUCGAUGGGAAAUUCUUUGUUUAUUCGAUUUGUUUCGGAUGCAUCUAAAUCAAGGAAAGGAUUUUCGAUACACUGGUAUGCCACAGCAAAAGGUUGUGGUGGAACAUUGAAUUCUGGUAUAGGUCAUAUUGUUUCACCAAAUUAUCCCUUGCCAGUUCAAGAAACUUUAGAAUGUUUCUAUAAAAUAGUUGUUACUCAAGGUAGUCAAAUUAAAUUAACUAUAGUGGAUCUUGAGUUAACAGCUAGUGGAUUUUCUGGAUCUUCAUGUCGAGAUGACUAUCUUGAA